AUUUUAAAAUAAUAGUGAGUUAUUUUACAACACAUGAUCCGUUCCGGACAGCCGGAUAUGUCGACAUUUUGUGAUUCAGCAACUACAUUCAUCACUCAUCCGAAGUCCAAAUAUAUGAUUAUUUCCUAAAUUUACAUUCCUGAGCAAAGUCACUCUUUAACAUUAACCAUUUCUUGGCUUAUUCCAGGAUUGCUCCUGGUUGACUAUGAUGUUCUUGGCGGAGAAUAAGCUUCGCACGAACAUGUCGGAUGAAGGAAAGGAGGCAACUUUGCGCAUAAAUCACUUUUGGACGUCUUCUGAGGUGAUGUAGUUUGUUAUAUUUUGUUUGUUAUAUUUUACCAAAUAUGGCUCUUGAUCAUAUAGUUUAAAACCUUGCAAUAUAACCAUUCCGACACAAUUUUGCGUGAUCAAUAGCGUUUGCUUUCCUUUGCAUUCAUGAUAAACUGCACGUGUAAACCGCUCUCUUUUGCUCGUCACGCAAUAACUUAACGUUUUCCCAAGGGUUAAUGGGGGAGUACUCCGGAAAAAUUCCGGUCGGUGAAGUGAGGAAUGCUCUCUGAUAAACUGAUCCUAUUCCCCCCAGCAGUGAGGGGGGGAAGGGGAGGGGCGGAAGCUCCCUCCUCCGCAAAGGAUCCCGCUGGGUUUACCAGUAAAAAUAGCAAUAAUUCAAGCGCGCGGCAUGGGGGGAUUAUAGCCUCUGAGCAAGCUCUCCUGGUGCUCUCCAGCGGCGGGGCGAGUCCUUCCCCUCUUCCCUCCCCCACCCCCGUACCCCCGAUUCUAGCAAAAGCUGUACAAGAAUGACAAAUGAGUGGGUAAAUUCCUACUCACGCUAACCACAGCGACAGAUGUUUGGCGUGUAUCAGCUCGGAAGGAACGCGACAUGUGAAAGCGAGUGAGAAGGUUGUGUGGGGAGAAAUGAGAAGGAUCUAAGCCGUUCGCGGGAAGAGUGUGUUUUAGAAAGGCAAAAAAUCAGGGAACCCCUAGAGACUCUUGCUUGCAGGUUAGGGGGAUUAAAGAGGCCUCCACGCAGGGAGAAGAGAGCCGCCGAGGCCUUUCCCCAGGGCUUUUCCCGCCAGACAGGGUGGCGAUUAUGAACGGUUUUUGUCUUACACUAUAAAGUUCAGGUUAUGAGGGUCUUGUAGGAAAAUUUUCAUUUUUCUUUUAGUCCCUGAAGAAGGUUUGUUUUCAAACCGAAAUAUUGGGCAAUUUGUGUAAAUAUAUCUUUUUUGUUUAUUCCUUUGUUUACUUCUUUCUCGCCUUGCCGCAAGGAUCAGUUUGCCGUUUCAUAUUUUUGUACAAGUUUCAUUGUACUGAUCAAGGUCUGCAACUGGGAGAUCCGGCAUGUUGCUGUGGACUUGCUGAUGUUUUAUAUAUGAGGGUCUUGGCUACACUCCUCUUCCCAAAUUUCCGUUCAGCGCUCCCGGAUCUUGGAAAGAAACCCUUCACCCUUAGCCCUAGCUAGAAAAAAGAUACCAAUAAUUUUCUCACGCACGGCCUUGAGUGAAACCUAUUGGAUAAAAAUACAUGUAUUGGCUUUCCAUUAUCACCAGCCAGCCUAACGGGUAUUAAACCUGCAAUUAUCUCGAGCAUGCUAACCCCGCCAGGAAAGGGGAAGACUGCGGCCCGGCGCUGCGAAAAUAUUUGCCACAAAUGAGGAACUAGUGAGCCGCCUGUAAAAGUUUUAAUAGAAAUUCUUUUAAAACACUCUGGGUACAACUGGCGUGUUUUUUGCCUGAGAGGAAGCUUUUCCGUGGCGCUGAGUAGCGUGUUUUUGUGAUUUUUUGACAAGUUUUUGACUUGUUUGUAUUCACGCCGGGGACUGGGUAAGAGUGCACUGCGUGUACUCUCCACUCGACUUGAUCUUGACUGUGCAAAAUCGAAGAUAAAUAUUUCAUAUUUGUGAGUCUUUUUCGUCCAUCCCUUAGCGCUGCUACAUCACAAGAAUACUAUGGUAAGCUUUAAAACGCGAUUGAGUUUAAUGUGGUGUUUCUCUCAGUGCGAUUAAGUAUUGGAUUGUGUGUGGUUUGUUGUGUUGUGUAGGCGGAUCCAGUUAUCGAGUUCAAAACGCUUUCUCGCAGAGAUGCUUUUGAGCGCAUGGAUAACGAGCUGAAGCUUUUACUUGCCACAGCGCCAGAAGAAAGGCAAGCGGUAAGAUAACAUUACAUUGCAUGGAUUGCUUGAAUAUUAAACUUCAAGAGAACUACUGGGAUCGGGACAUCCUGAACGGCCGAAAUCGACAGCUUUUUUUCAUACAUUACGUGCGUUCAAGUUUUUUUUUAGAUCAAGAGAAUCCUUUUGAUUUAAUGCAGCUCUUGGUGGCCUUUUGUGGCUUUGCCUUGUUUUAUUAUAACACUUCUUCUAAGUAUUGCAGUAAAAUACAAGGUCCCUUGCGUGAUGCUGAGCACAGGCAGCCCAAGCUCAGGAUUGAAACUCAAAAUAGAGUACUAAUUGAUGACGUCAUAAAAACGAAAUUUCUGAAAUUAUGGGAUUUGUCAGGAUAUUCUGAAAGAACAAUAUUUAAGAGGCCUACUUGCCAAAAAUGAGCGUUUCGGGGCAAAUUGUCUCUGAGAUCGUAGCCCAGUUGUGCUUAGAAAACUCCAUACAAACCCUGCUAAAUUUUUUUGGGGUCGACCCAGAUAUUUUUGUCAGAUAUCUUGACAUUUUGGGACUGAUAUCUGUGCUUAGCUAAUUUCAUUCAGGUUUGUAGUAACAUGAUCAAUUCAAUCUUUUGUUGAUGCUAUUUGCUUGGCUCAUCAGUGAAAACAUCCCUAUUUAGGGAAAGUUCAUUUAAUAUGACAAGGGGGGGGAUGAAGAUAUUGAGGGGGGGCUCCGAAAAUUUUUAGACACCCGAAGGGGGGGCUCUGAAAAAAUUGUUGCGCUAGGAGGGUGGGCUCCGAAAAUUUGUAUACUUCAAAACCAACACAUGACAUCAUCAUACAGAUCAGAUGGUUUUCAACUCAACAAUUUAAUGACCUGUGCAACUCAGCUAUAUCACGUGGUUUACAGAUUAUAACAAAUGUAGUCUCAGUAAUUAUUACACUCUUGUUCAUCCCAAAAAUGCUUUAGAAAAUUGUAUCACAACUGUAUCUCAAGUUUGUCAUAGUAUAAACCAUUGAAGGCAAUAACGGUAAAUAUAUUUAAUACAGUCUAGCGAUCUUUUUUCAGGGAAGCAAAGGAAUUGAAGGAGGAGGGGGGGGGGCUCUGAAAUUUUUUCGACUACCAAGGAGGGGGCUCCUAAAAAAUUGAACUGCUAGCGAGGGGGGCUGCUAAAAUUUCAAGCUUCGAGUUUCAAUAUCUUCAUCCCCCCCCCCUUUGUCAUAUUAAAUGAACUUUCCCUUAGCAGAGUUUCAAUGCGCUGAAAAAGAUUUUUUUUCAAAAACUCUUAGCUACAAGCCAAGACCCCCUCUUGGGCUCAAAUUUCACUGAACUUUAGCUUUAAUUUGUGUAAAAAUCGCCUUGCUUGUAGCUGAACAAAUAUGGCAUCUAACUGUAUAUAUGGUCACAAAUUGUUUAUAAUAUCCUUAAACUGAUGCUGGAUACUGAUGUAUCCAAAACACUUCUUCAAAACUUAAAUAUUGCCAUGCGUUCUUUAUAUGAUAACCGGUUAUUAACCAAUAAAAAGUCAUAUAUCAGCCUUUUUUCUGCAGUUUAGCAUUAUGGUAAUUAUUAAUAUGAUCAUGAUUUGCCAAGUGGUUAAAAAAGUAUUGUAAUAUAAUUUGUGAUUUUAAGGAAAAUAGGGUCUUAAUAUUAUUCUAGGAUGCUCUUGUACUUCUGACUGGAAGGGAAUUUCAGAAGGUUCACUCAGGGCCUUGCAUGUCGGAUUACCCUGCACUUCAAACUUGAGUUGUAUUCUAAACAAACAAUAAUUGUCAGUAAAGUUACACUAAAGUGUCAUCGGCAGCAUCAGCUGCUCUAGCUGAUUUUGUUGGGUGAAAUUGCCUUUAUGUAUGGGCGAAUCUUUGUAUUUUUUGCCUCGUUAACAUAUGCUCAUCAUUAUAUUACCUGAUGAAGCUAAUAAAAUAAAACAUCUGAAUAUUGAAAGAGCAUAACAAUUUCAUUUAUCUCUGAAAUUUUGAGCCUGAUAUACUGAAUGGUUUUGGAGAAAUUCUCUUUUAAAAACUCGAAAUUGUACAAAGAAUGUGUGGCUCAUUAUAACUUUUUUGCUACCCAGAUAUCACACAGUUUUCUAUGGCUGAUGUUUCCUUCAAUAUUUCUUGCAAAGAGCUGAAAAUUGCUCAAAUAGCUCAAGUUAAUCUUUCAACUUUGGAAUUUUGUUCAUAUAUACGGCCACGGCUUCUAUGAGUUAAUGUGUACUCAAGUGAGGAAAAAAUGUAAACAAAUUGACGUCAGUGAAGAUUCACCCUAGUAUAGCCUCAAAUCGUUAGAAUUUUGCAUCACCUUUGUGUGUGCAAAGACAUAGCAGAAGAAGAAUGCACAAUAUCUCUUGGCCAGGGUUUUGAGGUAUAUGUUGUUGCAGGAGUCUGAAAUUAAAUUUUACUGGAUACAUGCAUGGUGCAUUCAAGCUGACUUUACCUUUUGUCAGGUUUACAGUUUACUCAGCUCUUUCAUAUACAUGUGUUGAAGAAACCUCAGGGCAUAUUGGGAUAUAUCAACUGGAACACUCUUCAAAAUGAUCUGACAGAAACCCACAUUUUAGCUAUUUUUAAAUUGAAGCUGAAAAUCUUUUUACAGUAAAAGUUCUGUAUAUGUACUGCUGCCUAGUAACAGGGCUUAUGAAGCACUUGGUGAGUUUUUUUUUCUGACAAAAGGGUCGACCAUAUGCAUGGAGAUAGGGAUAUAACUGUAAACCUUGAAAUGAUUAGGAAAUAUUAUGUAGGCAUAGAAUAAUAAUAAUAAUAAUAAUAAUAAUAAUAACAAUAACAACAACAAUAACAACAACAAUAAUAAUCAAUAGUGAUAAUAAUAUUUAUUAAAGAAGGAGCUUAUUUUGUCAUAGUGGGAGCCCUCAUUAAUUAAUUAACUAAAUGAAUAAAUAAAUUAAAUCUUUUUGAAGAGUCAACAUUUUUAAUCAAUGAAUAAAGUAACAAAGUUAAAAACUAGUUACCUCUUAUUUUGCAUUUUACAACUGUCAUAAAACACCAUGAUAGAGUUUUAAUACAAGGUGUUUACAUUGUUUUACAGGAAGCAAAGUUACAUGUGAAAAGCUUUAAAGAAUUGUUUGCAAGGUUUCUUGAGGACACAGGACCAUCUGUAGAAUGGGAGAAAAUCAAGCCACCACCAGAAGGAUCUGUAAGAAAUCCUUAUAAAAAUGAUAAUAUAAUAUUUAGAUUGGUUAGAAGUAGACUUGGUUUAAAUGUUGUGCCAACAACAAACAACAACAACUAUAAUCAAUCUAUUUUGAUUGUGCGGGAUCAUAAUACGUUUCUGGGAAAAUGCCCACCUACCCCUCCCUUAAGCCAACAUUAACACUUACUUUUCACUUAGGGCAAAAUGUUGGCUUAAGGGAGGGGUAGGUGGGCAGUUUUUGAGAAUUGUAUAAUGAUGCAUUGUGCCUGUGACCCAUGCAUCUGUUAUAGUUUUCUUCAGUCUGUUCUUGAUAAUUUCCUCUAUAUAAUUUAAUAGUUUGCUUGGAACAUUUGCUGCUAAUUGUGUAAGCUGAACUAUGAGUUUAUUGAACAGUUUAAAAACUUCUGUUUUAGAUCAUAAUGGAAUAAUAGUUUGGCUGCUUACUCAACGGUAAUGUGAAUGAAAAUUGCUAUUGUAUGAUUUACUAAUGAGAGUGUAUGAUUUUUGAAUUUAGAUUUUAAAAUACAAUGAGAUUCCAGUUGCUACAGAGAGCGAUAUAAAAAGUGUGCUUAACAAAUUGGUUGUCAUUAAGCUGAAUGGAGGUCUGGGGACAAGUAUGGGCUGCACUGGCCCCAAGAGUCUCAUUUCGUUACGUCGGGAUUUGACUUUCCUGGACAUGAACGUACAACAGAUUGAGGUGAGUUUUAAAAAGCACGUCAGAGAAGAUGAGAUAAAGAGACCUACAUGCUAAAGCAAGUUUAAAUCAACUGCAAAUUUUCUGCACCAUACUUGAGGCCAUGCCAAGGGGGGUCCCAUGUCGCCCGUGUGAAUUUUAAAAUGUCUUGUGUCAGUGUUUAUAAAUGCUUGUCGUUUAUUGUCGGCUUUGCCAUCACUGUUGCAAUUUGGUCGAGGGAGGUUGUCUCGUUGCGAUUUCAUUUUACGCGCUGUGGCUACUUUUUGUUCCAGACAACUUUCUUGCACAUGAUCACAGAUAAACAGAGAAAAGUCCUCUUGUUUGUCUUACAAAACUUUCUUCAUCUUUCAGAUCACUGAAACAGGCUACUGUUUUGUUUUCAAAGCAAGUGCUUUCACUUGCAUAAAUCAGUUUCCCAUAUAUUGAAAGUAAAGCUCAGUAAUUCCCUAAAAAAAGAGAGCUGUUUUGUUUGCCUGGAUUUCCCAGCGUGUCAUGUUACAGGCACUUUUUGUUUGCACUAGUAAAUUGGGGUGUAGUGUUGAAAGGCUUCACACUGUACGUAAAAUUUUGUAAAAGUUGGCCUUAAGUGAGGAACAAGGCUGUGCUCUAAGGAAAAUUGAAGGGAGCCCAGUGCUCUGAACCUGUAAAAUCCAGGAUACCCAGUAAAUGAUUUGUAUGAAAAAACUAAGAUUUUCUGGUCGCCCGAGGGUAAAAGUUGGGUGCCAGGGGCAACCAGGUUCUGCUAAAGCACAGACCUGUUAUUAUAUUUUGAAUGAUAAACCCUAAAGGAGUCCUGGGACGUGGAUGCACAUAUGAUGAGUUUCCAGGAGUGAUGCACAAAAUGUAGCCAUUACAGGUCAAAUUUGAUAUCAGGUUAAUUUUGAUUUAACCUAGUUUGAUUCUCCAUUUCCUUUGUCUCCUAGCCCUAAUUAUUCAUGAAUUAGGGCUAGGAAACAAAGGAACUUGAGAAUCAACCCAGGUUAAAAAAAUUGAACCUGAAAUCAAAUUUGACCUGUAACAUAGCCAUCUGGGUGACCUGUGGCUCAUCUCAGUUACAUGAACAUGUUUGCUGAAAAACUUCGUUUUUUCUCCACAGCAUUUGAAUAAUACAUAUGGAUGUUCUGUUCCUCUUGUUCUUAUGAACUCGUUUAACACACACGAUGAAACACAGAAAACCCUUAGAAAGUACAACGCAUGCAAUGUAAAGAUUCACUGCUUUAACCAGAGCUGUCAUCCUCGUAUUGUGAAGGAAUCUUUGCUUCCGUUGCCAAGUGUAAUGGGAAAGGAACAUGGAUUUAAUGUGGAACAGUAAGUCUCAUGUACUGAAUGUCUGGCACAACCGUACAUAUUCUCCAGAUUGUCAAUCUCCUUAUUUUUCUCUUUUUUCAAAAACUCUUUUGACCUCAAUCUCUUCUCUUGAUUAUGUACUGAUAUUUUAGGAGAAAAUUGGCAUUUUUCACCCUUGGCGCAUAAAGGGUUAAUGAAAGUCAUUUCUGGUAUCAUAUAAACAGCCUUUUAGCUAGUCCUGCUACGGUUCAAUAACAUUUUAUUAAACAACAAUUGCCUAACUUAUGAUUUCUUUUCUUUAUCUUGCAGCUGGAAUCCACCAGGUCACGGGGAUAUUUAUCGCUCCUUUUACAACUCUGGUCUCCUUAACAAGUUCCUUGAUGAGGGCAAAGAAUACAUGUUUGUUUCAAAUAUUGACAACCUGGGAGCUACUGUGGAUGUUAAUAUCCUUUUAGUACAUUUAGUCAACUUUUAAAAUGGUUAAUCUCAUUAUGAAAGCUGCUCCUGUCAUUUGUCUAUAUUAUACAGCAUAUAUAAUAGGGGAUGCUUUUGGUGUAUUUUUUGUAGAAAAGUCCCCAAGUGAUGCCCUUUCUGAUCUUUUUCUCCUUUUUAAAUUUACAAGUACGUGUGUUUACGAACGUAUUUUGAACAAGCUUUUUAGCUCUCUAGACACUACGUAAAAAAAUGAUUGAUUGAUUGAAAUAUAUAUGUUCAAGACAAAUUGGAUGGACAAUUUAACAUUAAUUUUAUCUGAAAGCACCUGACUCCUUAUUCCAAAAAAGCCCACGCUACUGUUUGAAAAGAGUACGGGACGUAGACCCGGGUGGUGUGGCCAACCUUUAUGGGUUGUGGGAUUGGGUAGGGAUGGCACCUUGCCUGGGACCUAUGAGUCCCGUUCAUGCCUAUUCCCUCUGGGCAGGCCUGUGUCCAGAAAAGCUUGUAAAAAACAAAAAACAAAAAAGACUUCAAUAAUAGUAAUUAAUGAUUGUUUUAAAGGGAACCUCCACUCUUACUACAGAAUAAGUUUAAAUUGAGUAAAAUUAUGUUGAUAAACAAAUUUGUUCGAAAUUUGUCUUAAAAAAAGUGUUUAUAUCAGGAAAAGUGAAUUUUAAAAUCGCUUAUUUUCACUUUCAAAUUUCGCGGGCGCCGCCAUCUUGAAUAAUUGUGACGUGUUACGGUUGCUCUAUUGUUCUGACACAAAGAGCUUUUGUUUAAUAACAAUAGGGCAACCAUUACACGUCACAAUUAUUCAAGAUGGCGACGCUCGCAAAAUUUGAAAACAAAAAUAGGCGGAUCUAAAAGUUAUUUCUUUUGGAUACAAAGGCUUUCUUUAAAAAUAUUUUAGAUUGACUUGACUGUAACAGUUAUUUCUUGUGAUUUAAAGUUAUCUUUUUGUUGAAGUGGAGGUUCCCUUUAAUACUACCUCCUACCUUGCCUCCUCGACUCCCUUCUGCAUGAGGCCUCCACACUUCUCCACCUGGUAUCUUGAAAAGUGUGUCUGGUUUCAGUAAUGAUUUUUUUUGUGGGGAUACAUGGGAGAUUAACCCAUGGGAGGGCCAGGCAUUGCAAUUCGUCUGACCCAUUCAUAAAACAACUAUUCACAAAAAGAUGGGUUGGUGGUUUGGAACAUUUCCAGCACCACACGGUAAAUUGAAAAUCCUCCUUAACUCAGCUCAGAUAUUUUAAAUUACAUGAAUAACCCUUCAAAGUCACCCUCACCAGAAUUUAUUAUGGAAGUUACUGACAAAACAAGGGCAGAUGUUAAGGUACAUUGCAUAACAUUAUGAUUAAUAAAUAUGGAUCAUCCUUAUUUUUUAAAUGACCAAUUAAAUGAAACCUCUUUAGGGGUACUUCCUCACAUGGUGCUAAUUACACUAGUCUUACACUACACUAGUCUUGUUUUGUAUAAAUUAACAGGUUUUAAUUGGAUUCUGGACUCUGGAUGAAAUCCUAUGGUGUCACCAUUGACAUGAAAAACCUCUUUGCUUGUACACUGUAUAUUCAUUUAAAGCAACAUUAUUUUAUGUUAAGAAUUUUUCGUGCAUCUUAUUUAAACUUAGGUCUCUAAUUUCAGGAGUCAAGGGGCUUAGUGCAGGACUCCAUAAAGCUUCAAUUCCAGCUUGUCCUUUGGGCAGGCAGCUCUCAGUGACGUUUUGCUUGUUCUGCGACCACUUCUUGCUCGUCUUAUAUUGGGUUAACCCUUUAAGCCCCAAGAUCCGCAUACAAAUUCUCAAGCUGAUCUCCAUACAUUUCCUUAUAGAAUUAGUUCAGAGAAUUUGUUCAAAGAUCAAAACAUUUUCCCUUAGGUGAUCAUUUUAUUCAUUCUCCUAAAGUUUUCUUUUAAUUAUGUGUGGAUAUUGUUAGGAGAAAAUUGAUGUUGGUCACUCUUGCAUCUUAUUAAAAAGGGUUAAUGAUUUUGUUUGAGGAUGACUUGCCUGAACUCUUGCCCAUAGGGAAAGUACAUGUAAGCUUUAAAAAUCAGUUGCCCAGCAAGGAAAUCAACUUGUCCUGGACUACCGGACAGGGCUUUUUUCAAGCCCUGGCUAUAGUCACAAAAUACUGUGAAUCUCACAAAACUGUGAACACUAGAAAUAUUUAUGGAAUGUUAUUGUGUUGCAAUUAAUAAGCCAUUAAGGUGCGAGAUAAGUAAACCGCCAACAGCAACGGUAAUUAGUUUGUGGUUUUGAGGUUUUCUUGUGUAUCCUGAACUUUAUUGUGAUUGGCCAGUACACAAUCAACAUUCCUGGAAUUUUUCAGGUGUUCACAGUUUUCUGAGUUUGACAGUAAUGAAGGCAGUAGUGUAGGCAGAGUUGAAGGCUGUGUUCUGUUUCUUAUUUUCACAGGGAGGAACACUCAUAGAAUAUGAAGGCAAACAAAGACUGCUAGAGAUUGCUCAAGUUCCAAAGGAACAUGUGAGUUAGCAGGGUUAAGGAACUUACAUGAAAAAUUACCUGUACUACAAGAGGCAGCGUGGCUGAGUAGUUAGAGGUUUUCUUUGUGCUCAAGUCUCUUCUGGGAAUUGCAAGACAAUGGAGUCAUGAAAAAAGGUCAAUUUUGACCCUAAAUAAAGCCUCGGUUAUGUUAGAAUUUUAAUAUAUCGAAUGUGGGCUAUUAAGAGUUAUUGCUGCUCAGUGAAUGGCUGAGAUUGACUGUCAUUGUUAAGCAUAAGUUACAACCUCUUGAACAGAAUGGAGCCUGUCUGUACUGUCAUUAAACAAGUUUAACAUCCAACAUGGCCUGGUGCACUGUCCAACAUUUUGUGAUAAACAAAAUGUUGAACUGUGUGUUACUGGCAUUAUCAGGUGCUUUGAAUUAAAGUUUGGCUUGACUACUGUAGUGAAAAUUCUUUGAGUAUUUUUAAUCCUCCAUUAUUUUAGGUUUUUUUUUUCAAUUCUUCAUUGUUUUCCCAGUAGUGUUAGCCUGUGCCACAGAUGGAACCAAACUCCUGCUUAAGUAUAAAUUAUCUGCAAAACAGCCCUGGCCUGAAACCGUUGUUCUGGGUGCCCACCUGUGUAUGAGGAUUUGAAUUCGUGAUUGGCUUGUCAAAAAAGCCAUUAGCACCAUUUAUAUGAGGAAAACUAAGACGCGUCUUACGCAAGAUGUGUCCUAAGUAAGACGCAAACUAUCCCGUAUAAACGGCACAUUAAGAUGCGACUUGGCUAAGAUGCGUCUUAUCGAAGAACAGGCGUUAAGUGCUGUUCUUAGAUAAGAUGCGUCUUUGCUAAAUUUCAGACGAAAUGUGCCGCUUAUACGGGAUAGUUUGCAUCUCAUUUAGGACGCGUCUUAUGUAAGACGUAUCUUCUUUUUCCUCAUAUAAAUGGCCCUAUUACUAUCACACCAAAUAUAACGAAAAAUUGAAGUUAUCUUAUUUUCUAGGUUGAUGAGUUCAAGUCAGUCAAUAAGUUCAGGUAUGUUAUGAAAGGAAAAUUUUGUGUUUUUAAGCUUUCUUAAUGUUCCCUAACAUGAAUUAUAUUGUUGUAGGAUAUUUAAUACAAACAACUUAUGGAUGAAGUUGUCUGCCGUCAAGAGAAUCGUGGAAGAGAGAAGAAUGGACAUGGAGAUUAUUGUUAACAAUAAGGUGAGCAGAAGACCCAGGGAGGUACUCAACAAAAUUUUAUACGGGGAGUCCCUGCCCCGAGGUCCAACGUCGUACCCUUUUAUAUACCAUUUAUGACAGAAAAGGUUAACCCUUUUGUAUAACUCUCAUUGACAAAUGGUACCCUUUUCAAAUUAUUAGUUUAGAACACUGCAUUCCCUUUAACCCUUUAAGUCCCAAUAGUGACCGUCAUCAAUUUUCUCCUAACAAUAUCCAUAUGUUGCCAAGAGAAAUGGUUAUGAGAGUUAAUAAAAUGAUCACUCAAGAGAAAAUGCUUUGAUCUGUUAUCAAACUCUCUCAAAUAAUUCUUUAAAGAAAUGUAUGAAGAUCAGUAUGGAGAAUUUAUAAGUGGACAUUGGAACUUAAAUGGUUAACUGUUGCAAAUGCACUGUCUUUUAAUUAUGAAUAAAUCACUAAGCCAGAGAGUUUUUUGGGGUUUGUCACAGCCAUAAAAUACGCCUGUUAGCCCUUAUCCCUUUAAACACUAAGAUCAAAAUUUAAAUUCUCAUCUGUUUCCCCUUUUCAUUUCUUACAGAAGUAGUGGGAAGAAUUUGAUUUAAUAUCGAGCAAAUUCAUUUUGUGUGAUCAUGUCCGAAAUUCUCGUGACCACUCUAUUUUACAAAGCAUUGAUAUUACAAGGAGAAAUUUGAUGCUGAUCACUCUUAGUGCUUCACCAUAUUGGCCAUUAUAGAGAGUUCCCCCCCCCCCCAGUGGGACUCUAAAACAACAGAACUGGCUUAGUUUGGUCUGUGAAUUGACAGUGAACAGUCUCUGUCCAGUCAGAUAUCUGAAGGUACAGCUGUACGGCAGGACUGGAGAGAGCUUUUGUGUGUGUGUGUGUGUGUGCUUACUUGACUUGCCCAACUGUGAUCGACUAUUCUUGGAAACUUCUUGCAUUUCAGUCGGUUAAGUGAGCUAUUUACUUAAAAAUAUCUGGCUUAAUUUUUUCCAUAUUUUGUCUUUUUUGCACAAACCCCUGUUGUUUCCUUUAGUUAUCGUUAAGUACUUGCAGUAACAGUCCUCUAUGUUUUUCUUGUUGCUUUUGUAGACACUUGACAGCGGAAUGCGCAUCAUUCAACUGGAGACAGCUGUCGGAGCUGCCAUGAAGAAUUUUGAAGGAGCUCAUGGUAAAAGAUAACACGUGCAAACUGUUUUAGUGAUGAUGAUAAUGAUGAUGUAAUGUUAGUAACCGCGACAAUAUUAAUGGUGUAAUUGUUGAUUAAUUGUUACGUUUAUCAUCAUCAUCGUUAUCUUCAUUUUUAACUUGUUUUCUUUUUAAUAUCAGAGACGGAUAAUUCUCUUUUGUAAUGACUUAAUUUAAAACUCUGGACUGCCUGCAAGAGUUAUUGACCGCAUCUGAGCCGCAAGGAAUGUAUUUGCGAAAUCGUUGAACUAAGAAUUAAAAUUCUUAGUUCAAAUAUUUCUGCCAGUUAUGUACAUAUUUUUUUUUCAAAGUUGAAUAAAAUUAUAGUUAUUAUAAAAAAUGUUAUUAUUAUUAUUAUGGUUAUUAUUAUUAUUAUUAUUAUUAUUAUUAUUAUUAUUAUUAUUAUUAUCAUUAUUAUUAUUGUUAUGAGCAACGUCAUGCAAGUUACAUGAAUGGUUCAAAGUUUUUUUUUUUGUCAAAUCACGCUUCAGCUGCAAAUAUCGUAAUCCCUUCGAACACCACACUUGCAGGUAUAAACGUACCACGAAGACGUUUCCUUCCGGUCAAAACCUGUUCUGAUCUGUUGAUUAUCAUGUCAAACUUGUAUGAAAUGAAACACGGCCAACUGGAGAUGAGUCAUCUUAGACAAUUUCCAACUGUGCCCAUAGUACAACUCAGCGGCUCACACUUCAAAAAGGUGCGUGGACAUUCCUCACGGUGCCUAAUGUUCCAAUCUCGUCCCCAGAGCCUGCGUUAUCCUGAUCCAGCGAAACGUGCUAUGGACGAUUGGUGUGAUCCUUGGUGCUGACCAAAAGGAUCACAGUCUCUGGGAGCGAGAUUGAUAACGUUCAGGACCCGUAUUACCCUGGGUGCCAGAGAGUUUUUAUGUGCGGUUUCCUGUUGCGGUCAAGUCUUUAUGAGCACUGUUCAAUGGACUUAGUUAAAUCAAAUUGCUGUAGUGUUAGUUUUAGUGUUUUUACCGAUUACACGACAAGAAGAGCUAAUAGGAUGGCAUCUGUGGUAAGUUGCAAGAUGCCCCUCCAUAAACAAGUAAUCGAAUUGUUGGCGUAAAUACAGCUCUAAAUCUUGACUAAGGAAAACGAAAGUUAGUUCGAGUUAGCGGGAAAUUCGAGUUAUUUGAGUUCGAGUUAACCGAAUAAAAAUAACUGAAACUAGGGGUCAAAUCCAAGGGAAGUGGGGCUUUGUUUGGGUUAGCAGAGACGUUCGAGUUAUCCGAAUUUAGCUUACCGGACUGUCCUCUACUAUUACAAACCCGCUGUGAAAUUUCCUGAAUUUCCUUACCGUUAUUAUUAUUAUUAUUAUUUUUUUGCGUGGGUCAACAGGUAAAGGACUUCUUAGCGCGCUUUGAGACCAUUCCUGAUCUCUUAGAACUGGAUCAUCUGACUGUAUCUGGUGACGUCACAUUCGGCAAAGGAGUCUCUCUGAAGGUGAGCUCUUUCUUAGUGUUGGUAGGACAUAACGGCAGAAGAAGAGGUGUACGGUCUAGCCUGUUCCAGGCGCUCAGAUUGUGGUGGCUGCGCGAAGAGAUGUGAGCAGGAAAAACCCAAACGCCUGGGACGGGCUAUGCCCAGUCUGAAGUGACCUAGAGAUAGCAAGACAAACAGACUCGAAGAACUUUAUAAAAAGCGGAUAUAUAAUUUUCUAACGUGUUCAGUUCGUCGACAGUGGCGUUAUUAUUUUAAAUUGUAAAACAUUUUGCCUUGGCUAUCCACCCUAAAUGAUCGAAUUCUCUUGUCUUCCAAGUCUUCUGUUCUUUCAAGAUGGCGACUAUACUUUAAAAUUAAAUGCGAAAAGUUUGCAUGCAGAUAAAUGGAUAGCAGUCUCUCUUAUACCUUAUGUACAUGGCAAUGAAUUUCCUAAUUGAUAGCGCCAAUGCUGGCUGCGUAGUUUGCUGUUUUUCAGCGAUGAUUUUGAUUUUUUGUUAUUUUUCUUCAGGGCACUGUCAUUGUGAUUGCUAAUCAUGGCGAUAGGAUCGAUAUUCCCUCAGGUGCUUUGCUGGAAAACAAGAUCGUCUCUGGAAACCUCAGAAUCUUACAGCAUUAAAAACUGUUUCAUAGUUUAGUCUAUAUACAUAUAUAGUGUAGUUAAACUUUGUAAGUAGCAUAGAAAUUGUCCUUAUAAAGACCGAAAUCAGAAUUCAAGCUUUAUCUCAAAUGUGAUUUUAUAGAAAACUAUUGAAAAACAAAUAGAACGGCUAAAGAGGCUUAUUUUAACUGGUAACACCAUGAGGUAACGUUCAUAAACGUAGAAGGUAGAACUGUACGCUAAAUAAAUAGCAUCACGUGAAAGUACUGCUGAAAGGUUCAACUGAGUAGUCACACCAUAGGAGCCACAGACUUACAGUUACAACCUGUUUUAUAGCAUUAUCAAUAGUACCGUGUGAAAAUGCUGCUGAGGUCAUUCAUUUGAAUGAUCAAAACAUAAAGAUUUUGUCCACCGACUCAGAAAACGAAUGAGCAUCGCAUGGCAUGUCUUCAUAGAUAGACUGUUCCGAAAGAUGGCCGAGAACGAGCGCUGUAGACGUCAUCUACAUAGGGGGCGGGGGACGGUUUGGGAGGGUGCCCUGAGGAGUCCUUUGUACCCCCACCGCUAUAAACCCCGACGUUCGCCCCCUCGUAACAUUUGCAACCUAUUACAAAAUGGUUGUCAGAAUGUCAGUGAAGAUGAGCGCUCGACCUCAACGAUCUAGCGGAAAUUUAGGGACUUUGAACAGUCUACUUUAUCAAUGGCUUAGACUGUUGAAGGCACAAGGGAUACUAUCAGAUAUUUUUAAAAUAUUUAAUCACAAGGAAAGUUCAUAACUUAGAGAAAGCUAUUUUUAGUUAUAGAAAUCAUUAAUCUUAGUUCGUAAUCAAGAAUUAUAAUACGAUUAAACAUGUUUCAAUCGGCAGUGAUGGACUCGGGAGAGGGUCUAAAACUGCGCGAAUGUGGACAUGCAGACAGCAAGGGUUAUUUACCACGGGUGAGGGCAAUAUGGCUGGAUAUUGGCCAAGUUUUUCCCUCAAGGUCCACAAAAACGUAAAAAAGAACGAGGCUAAUACCCAGCCGUCUUAAGCAAACAAGCUUGGUCAAUAAAGAAUUUAUCAUGUUGUUAAAACAAAGUCUUUUCUUGCGGGACAAAGCAGGUACUCCCGAGCGGACAAGAUAAGCUCAUCUCGCCCGCUUGUGAAGUCAGCCAUGUAUACCCCAUAUAUAAUAAGAGUGUAGAAAGUACCUGAAUCUGUGAAAUCAGUACAGCACAGAUAAUAAGGUACUGAAAGCUCAUACGACAGGAAACUAACCAGGAACUAACGUAAAAAGGAUUUGAAGAACUGUCAGACGUUUUUUUUCGUCUAGGUAGGAGGCUAGAUUGUUUUAUGAGGCACACGCGAUGAAGUGCCCCGAGACCUGCUUUUGUUUUACCACAGUUGUUAAGCGGCCUCAAAAACGUUCUUGUUCGUUCCUCAAGCGGGGGCGUAGCCAGCUUUUCGUGGCUGACUUUUAUUUCCACAUAUCCUGAAAACUACAUGCAUGACUAGUCUGACCUCACCAACGCUUUGACCUCUUACGCUUUUUAGCUCACCCCAGCAGCGCAUAAUUUAUUACAAGCGUUAGAGCGAUCAAACCAAACAUUUGUAGGCCCGGGCCUACAGGUCUUUGGGCUGGCUACGCGCCUGUCAAGUACUUAGAUUUUGGGUUAUCAUUGUCAAGAAAACUGGAGCUAAAAGCCCAGCCGUGUUUUCGUUCUUUUUGCAGUGGCGUUGUAAAUGUUCUCUAGUGUUGAAAUAGCUUGUUUAAAGUGGUGAGCAGUCAACAGUCCUUCCUAAGUUGAGCUAACAAAGCAUUGCUGGUAACAGAAUAAAAUAUAUAGAUCAUAUAUAAUGCAAUGACGUUUGUGAGUUGGAGCCUAUUACAACAUGUCGCUCCGCUAAGCUAGAAACAAUAUUAUAAUGUAGAGUAACUGAAAGUGGGAAAGAUUGGAAAUCAUCAAUUAUGGUCAGGUUUUACAUCUAAGAUUAAAAGCUUCAACCACAAUACGUCUCUUGAAAGCUUGUAUUUAUCAAAUCUCGCCUAGGUUCCCAC